AUGCCGCGGAUUCUUGGCGACUUGCAGCCCGCCCCUACUGCCGAGAACCAGCGCCUCGUUCCCGGGAAGUGCGCUGCUUUCCUCCCAGCGACCGACAGCAGGCUGGAGCCGCUGAGCCAGCGCGGUGCGGAGCUCUGCCAGCUCGUGACGAGGUCCUUCGGUGGCUUGGAGGCCCUGGGAUCGCCCUUGCAAGGCAGAUGCGUUACGAAGGUUCGCGGCGACCACGCCGCCGUGCUUGCGAACGGGCCAGCGGGCGCUCGGGCGGAAGACGCCCGCGCCUUGUGCGCCGCCUUGCUGGACAUGGCCCGCUGCUGCCCCGACCCACGGGCGCGCCAUGCUGCGUGCACGCUGCUGGCGAAGAGCGUUGCGAGAAGGCUGGGUUACGAUGUGCGAUUGUGCCCACCCAGGGCGCCACUAUCAGCCUCGCAGCGAGCUUCGGGCGCAGUGCAAACGGUCAUGGGGGCUCUCGCUGGACGGCAGCUCGGACUUGACUGCGCGCACACCUUCCUCGGGGGCUUCGGGAUGAGGCCCAUGGAUCUGGUGCGCGCGCAGGCGGCAUUCUGGGCGUGCCACGUCUCAUGCAAGGCGGACGUUCUGACGGUCUCGGCAGGCUUGGGGCGCCCUCUCGCUACCCGCCCGGAUGCGCCGGCAGCGGGCCGCGCGCGGGGCGACCUCGAAUCCGCCGGCAUCUGCAUGCGUUUGGGCCGCGUCGCCUUCACGGACGAGGCGCGGCUCGAAUAUGAGGCGGGCCCGCGGGCCGCCGAUUUCCCCGCCGGAGCUGCCUUCGAUUUCUACGCUUCUGUGUCACUGCUGGCCGCCAGCCAGGGCCCAGAGGCCGAGGGGCGCGCCCGCGGCGGCCGGUGGCGGGCCGGGCUCGGGCGCCUUCUGGAACGGUUUCACGCGGGAGGCGUGGCAGUGCUGAGCGAUUCUGCGUUCGACGUCACGUUCUGGCACCGUCUGCUCGAUUUGCUGGGCGCCCCGACAACGCGCGCCUCCGAGCCCUCCCGGCGCGCGGCCUCUGGCGAGGAGGGCCAGCGAGGCGCGCGCGGGCGCCCCCUGAACGUCGCCGGCUACCACGCGUUGCGUUGCCCAGUCGGGCCGCAUCGCAGCCGGCUUCGCAAUGAGGUCGCGCAGGCCCUCGCCGAGUGGAUCUCUUCCCGCGGCGGGCAUGUCGACGUCGAGCGCUGCGUGCCCGAGUUGCGCCGCAGGCGCGACGGCGGCGUCAUAGAGGAGGCGCGGCUGGACCUGGUCGUCAGCUGGCCGGGCGCCCCGGAACGGGCGCGGGUCGACGCCGCGGUCCGCUCGGCCGCGGAGUCGGGGCCAGCGGGGCGAUUAGCCGGCCACGCAGCGGCGGGCGCGAAGCGCCCGAAACGCGACCGUCACGGCGCCGCGGUCUGGCCUUUCGCCGCGGAGGCCGAGGAGCCCCUGGGCGCGGCGGCGCAGCAGUUCAUCGCGGCGACCGCGGCUGCGGUCCGCCGCGUGGCGACGCUGCCCAGCGAGCCAGGUGGGCAGCAGGGUGCCGACUGUGCACGGCAGAUCGCCUCGCGGGUGUCUGGCACGCUCGCGGCGCGCCUCGCCGACCUGCUCCUGGCGGCGGUGCCGG